GAGAGUGUUUGUUGGGUGUAGACUAGUUAGUAAUUAAUCAUUUCAUUUGAGCAUGGCUUCUUGCUUCUCAAACCACACUGUAUGUUAUUUGUGGAAGGGAAGAAGCAGCCCACGUAGCUUGUUUGGGUGGAACAUAGGCAAGAGAAAACAGGAUGAAUUGCCACAGACCAACAAGUACCAUGAAACUGAUCUUCCAUUCUCUCCUUCUCUGCUUGGCAAAACUUUCUUAAGUGGUAGGGAACUGAAGUGUUGCUAUAAGGCCACCAUUGAUGGAUUUAGUGCAGCUAAUUUCCACAACUGCUGUGAUUUCAAGGGGCCAUGCGCCAUAAUUGGCUACACAAACAAGUCGUUCAAGUUUGGGGCAUUCAACCCUGAAGGCUACAGAAGCACAGAUGAUUACUAUGACACUUUUGAUGCAUUCCUCUUCUACUGGACAGAUAAUGAAAUAGCUGACCCAAUUGUGCUACCCAAAGUAGGAGGCAGUGGUGCAGCCCUUUUCGAUUAUGCUCGGGGCGGGCCACAAUUUGGGGCCGAUGGGCUGCUUAUCGGGCCACCUCUAGCGCCGGUUAUGGGGGGUUUUGCAGGUCCGGAUACUAAUUCGGGUAUUGGUGAUUUAAGGCAAGCCAAAUCUAGAUUAGGAUUGUCAUAUGCAAAGAGGGAAGAUGGGAAGGAGUCACUUUUUGGGGAUGAGUCUAGAGCAACCCUUAAAGAAGUUGAAGUUUAUUGUAGCCCUCAAAUUGCAAGCUUGUACUAAACAUAAUAAAAGGGUAUGCUUAUUGCUCAAGUUCAAUAAACAACCCUCUUCUCACAA